AGGAGACCCAGACAGACGUGGAGGAGAUCGGUCCACAGCAAGGUGGAGGCGGAGGCAGCCGGGAUGACAUCGACCCAACUGAAGAAGGACACUCAUAACCUGAUCCGAUGACGUGGUUGCGGCCCCACUCUCCCCUGGGGGGCAAACAGGACUAAGAAGAAGAGGUGGGAGUAACAGAAGCUUCUAGAAAGUAUGACAUCGACCGUUAGAAUCCGGUUUACUGUUGACACAGUGAGGUGUUACUAUAAAUGUCUCGUGGGCCUGGGCCCUGUGACUUUAGAACUGGUAGACCCAAACAGCGAGCGAACGAAUAGGUAAGAGAGAUGAAUAAUGUGUAUACAAAACUGUAUAAAUACAUUCACAACUACUUCUGUAUUCUGUGAUAACCUGUCAUGGACAUUAUCCGUUACUACAACAGAGUACCUAACACUUACUUCUCCAAGUUUGAGAUUUCUGUCAUUUCAAGGGAUGGCAUCGUGAAUGAAGAUGUGGGGAGGAAAUGAGAGAACGACAGCUAUGAGGCAGUGAAGGAAAGUCAGGUGGCUGGGACAUGGUAAUGAUGGUAGAUGACAAAGAACAUUCGCGAUUACAUUCAGUAGAGGCAAUAAUCACGUGUCUUCUUGCUUCAAACCUUUGUAACAAAGCGAGAAAAAUUGAUUACUCGGGUGGCCCUGGCUGCUCGACAUGAAAGUACAUGCACACGGGUGGGAAUCCCCGAUGUUGAUCAUGUGGCUUUAUAAAGCAGAGCCACAGUCGGCUUGCAUGUCUUGAGGCCGGUGACGAUCGUCUGCUGUGGUUCGACGAUAAAAUCCUCUGCUCAACACUGCUUCAGCUUCACACCAACGUCUACCUUCAGUCGUGGUCCACAAUGAUCUUACCCUCGAGCUGCAGGACACACCUGGUGUGUCACCAUAUACACCUGGCAGUGUAUGUGAUGUUGUUAUCGUUCAACACUGGGGUAACAGCGGCACCUGCACGUGGGGGGAAGUCCCGCAGCCCCAGCUGGGACAACUGCUACGGUCGGCACUGCGAGGUGGGGGAGUAUUGUGGGUUGAACGAACCUUUCCUAAGUUGUCGUCCAUGUACGCACAUCGCAGUCUGGUGCAACAACACCAAAUAUGUCGAGGAGCAUUUUUUCCCGUGUCUACAGACGUGCAAACUGCUUCUUCUUGAAAAAACGUUUUCCGGAUUACUGAACAAAACAUCCGAGCUGGAGGCCAGACUGAACGAACCGACAGAAGAUAACACUAUCCUCAAGAUUGCGGUUGGGUGCACAGGGCUGAUGGCACUUAUUGCACUGUUUGCUGUUGUCUUGGCAUGUGUGACUGGAAGAAAACCUUACCGCCAGCUGCAGCAUCCUCAGAUGACAGCUAUCGCACCGCCUGCCAGGAAGUCUGUGGUAUUGCUGUUCAGCAAACAUCUGUGCAGCAUGACACGAUGUUGUUGUCACAGACAGCCAGACAUCCACCUGAACUCUCGCGGCCAACCAUACGGCCUCGCUGAGACGGCCAUCAGAGAAACCAUCGACGACGACGACAGAAGCUCCAACAUGGUCAUCCCUGGUGGCGGAACGGCCCAUCAGCCUCAGGACGCCAGGGAUUUCAACACAGACUCAUCUCUUCUACAUUUCUCUGUAUGAACUCUCAAAAAAAAAGUAAAUUUCUCAACAUUUACUAAUGAUCUGGUGUCCUCCAUUUAUUUCUUUAAAUAGGGCACACAUGCAAUGUCUCGGACACGUUCACUAAAAAUACUCCCUUUAUUGUCAUGAAGAUGGGAGUUGACUAGGGUUUACACAGCUUGGUGUGUGGGUAUGCUUGGAGAAAACCUCCAGUAACUUUUGUUCCCUCCACAAACUUGGAUCUGUCUGUGUGCACAUUGUGUGCUUUUGUGUUCUUCACUCACCUGCAUUUGGACUGAUAUUUAUUAUAUAAAACAGCUCAUCUGAUCACGCGCCGAUAUCGUAUGUCCACAUUAUACGGUCAGACUAAGUUGUAUGUUGGCGAGACAAGAAGUUGGUCGCUUGGAUGUCAACCCAGAUAUCAUUUAAACAUUAUAUAAAUGUUUACAAAUAACCCCGUGUAGACUUUAUAGAAUGUUUAAAUUGUAUCAGGGAAGAACUAUGUAACUUAAUGUGAACAUGUCACAUGUAGAACGAUUUGAUGUGAACACUUAAAACACAAUACCUAGCUGUCUACAGAAGGUUGUUUGUUUAUUUGUUUGAGUUGUACGCCUUGCUAGAAAAUAAGGCUAGAUCACGGAAAAUACCAAGAAGAGCCAGUAUGAGAUAAUGUGUAUAAUUAUGUUGUUAACACUUGAAAGACAUGUUUAUAUGCUUUAGAGGAUGCAGAGGAUGUCUACACGUAAGAAUGCUUUGUGUAAACAUUUGUAUACAAUUGUAUAUAUUUGAAGUUUAUCAAUGUGCUUGGCCGGGCUUAGGUGAACGUUGUGUGAGCAGAGUUUGGGCAAAAGUACAUGAAAUGUAUCUGAAUAAUCUGUGUAAAUACAUGUGACAAUGGUUGCUUUUGUAACAUGCUGCAUGUUUGGUCUCUGGUCAUCUAUCUGAGUGCUGACUUUGUGGACUAAAAAAUGUAAUAAAAUACUGAAUUAAAAUAAA